AUGGAAUAUUUUGAAACAAAUCCACAAGAUAUAAAUAGUAUAGAAGAUGAAGAAGAAGAUGAUGAGAUUGGAAUAGAUAGAAUAGAAGAAAUGAUAGAAGAUAAAUUAUCAGAAAUUAAAGAAGGGAAUAAAAUACAAAAAGUACAUCAUCAAAUCUUCUUUUAUUAUAAUAGUUUGAAUAUAGUAUUAGGGAAACAAGGAACAGGAAAAACAACAUUUAUACUGAAAGAAUUAAUAAAAAUGAAUCAUAUAGAACAUUUAUAUGGAGCUAUUAUUUAUGUAGCACAAAAUGCAGGAGAAGAUGAAACAUUUAAACAAUUAAAAGAUUUAAUUAAAACACCAAUAUAUGGAAUGAAUUAUGAGAAAUUUAUGCCAGCAUUAGUGCAAUAUUAUAAACAAGCACGAGAGAAACAUUUAUUAAUUAUAUUAGAAGAUGCAACAUUUGAAAUGAUGAAAGCGGAUAAAACAUGGGGAGAAAUUAUUACAAGAUUAAGACAUUUGAAAACAACAAUUAUUGUGAAUAUGCAUAUAUGGAAAAGUUUAAAUGCAUCAUUUAAAACACAAGUAGCAACAGUUAUUAUUUUUAAAGGAUAUUCUAGUGAGAAUUUUAGUUAUAUUUUUCGACAAACAGCAGGAAAUUCAAGUGGAACAGUAGCAUAUUAUCUUUAUUUAGGAAUGGAUAAGAAACAAGUAUUAAAAAUAGAUAAUUUAACAGGAGAUGUUAAUGUUAUUAAAAAAUAA